UCCCUGCAUUAGCGGAGCUGCAGCGCUGUAUCAGACUGAGCGACUGGUUCCGGCUCAAAGACAGCGGGGACAUGGCGUCACCCAUCCAGCUGAUGUGCUGGCCAGGAGACUGGGGUCUGCCCUCCGUCCACACCGACUCUCUCAUCAUCCUGGCAUAUGCCAAAUUUUCACGGGCUCCUCUGAAAGUGCACUUUAUUAAUAAUCCAUGGAAAACACCUACAGGAGACAUUCCAGUAUUAAUUUCUGACAAUAUGAAUGUAGUGCAACCUGAAAAUAUUCUGAAUUUCCUCAGAAAACAGAAAUAUAAUGCAGAUUAUGAAUUAACAGCUAAAGAGGGAGCUGAUACACUGGCAUUUAUUGCACUGAUAGAAGAGAAGUUGCGUCCUGCAUUGCUGCAUACUUUUUGGGUGGAUAUUGAAAAUUACUGCAAUCUGACCCGACCGUGGUUUGCUUCAAGAAUCCCCUUUCCGUUGAACUUCUACUUACCAGGGCAGAUGGCAAGAUCUGCAAUGAAUCAGAUAGUCCUAACCAAAGGAGAACCACCUUUGUAUAACCUCAAGGAGGUGGAAGGACAGAUCUACAGAGAUGCCAAAGAGUGUCUGAACCUUCUAUCCUACAGAUUGGGAACAUCAAAUUUCUUCUUUGGGAAAAUACCGACCAGUUUUGAUGCCUUUGCGUUUGGAUUUCUUGCGCCUCUGUAUAAAGCAGAGCUGCCUAAUGCCCACCUCCAGAAGCAUCUGCAUCAGCUCCAUAAUCUUUGCCAAUUCUGUGACAACAUUCUGAGUCAGUACUUCACACAAAGCUCUACAGGUGAGUCACUGGAUGGACAAGAUAUGAUGGAUGCAAACCUACAGAAGUUGACACAGCUUGUAAACAAGGAAUCCAACCUGAUUGAGAAGAUGGAUGACAAUCUUCGCAACAGCCCCCAACACAAACCUCAAAGUGCAACCCCUCCAAAACUGAUGCCCAUGAGCAAUGAAGCCUGCUCAUCACAACACUGAUUGUCUUGACUGUUUUUGCAUAUAUAUUUGCAGCAAGUCUUCAGUUAACAGAACUUUCACAUGACCGUGGAUCUAAAGAGUGGGGAACGGGAGAUAAUUUUUUAAAAGUGCCACUUUCAAGUGAGGUGUCUGAUGUGCUGACCUGAACAUGUAUCUAAAAUGGAGAUCUGAAGGAUUCACUUAAAACUGCAGAAUUCACCAGCUAUUGUUUCUAAUUCAGCAACUAGCACUUAGGAAAUAGUACCCUCUCAGACAUAAUUUGUUAGACACACAUUUACCGUUAUCUGAGCAAAUAUUAGUGUUUUAAAUGUGUUAAACCAGAUAAUUGACUGCCAUUAGAGAUUCUAGGUUGACAUCGCUCUACUUAUCAUAGAUGGGGGUAAGACGUGCCAGUUUUUGAAGGGUUGACCAGGUGGCUGACUGUUCUGUAGGCAAACAUCAUCUGGAAGUCACAGCGUUUCCUAGAAUACAGUACUGUUUUAGCUCUGCAGUCUGUACCAUACAGAUGUUGUCCAACUCUGGUCUGUCUUAUAAUGAGUGAACAACACUCUUUUUUAAUAACUCUCACCAGUAAUUCAUUUGACCUGAAAAAUAUUGUACCUCAAGUAAUGUUUCCAAAGGGCUGUAGCCAUACAGCCUCAAUCAAUGCAUUAUUGGCUCCAUAGUUUUAGUGGAGACAGCUUUAGGAAAGAGUACUAAAGUAUUGUAAAUAAUGUCAGGAUAUUAUUUUCCUGAAAUUCUGUAGAUUGAUUAAGGAAAAUUUCAGAAUGUAUUUAAAACAUUUUUGACUUUAGAAGCAACAAAUGAUUUUGGAGAAAAACGUGCUUCUGGACUUUGUUCGGUUUCAUACAUGUAUGUAAUGGUUACUAACAAACUUAUGUCCAUGAGAAAACAAUCCAUUUGAAUUGGUUAAGGUUUGUACCCUAUCAAAUUUAGUUCAGAUGCUGCUUUGAUUUGAAGUCAUAAAACUUCCUGCAGUUAUGACUGAAUCAGUUAACUUGAGUUAGUGUGUCGAAUUUAAUCUCAAAAUGUGUGAUGGGAAGAAUCUUCAGGGUGGAACCUGAUCAAAUAUUCUUAGUGGACUGUUUAUAACCAAGUUUGUUUGCCAAGUUAUUCAAGAGAAAUUGUAACUUGGUUGACAUAUGUAUAUUAUAAAUCAGUACAUUAAUAAGUAAAAUGUCAGCUUGAAUGAUAUGCUUAAAUUGCAAUUCUAGUGUGAUAAAGCUAACUUUGAAAAAGGACAUUAUUGUGCCUUUAAGUACAUUCUUGGUAAACUCAGAUUAUGCCUUGAUAAAAUACUUUAAGACCAUUUUACUUUUAAAAGAAAAGGUUCUUAUGUUGAAAGAGUAAAAACUCAAAUCAUUACAUUAGCAAGGGUCUUUGCCUGCAUAAAUACUUUUGAAGGUUUUGGACAUUUUCUGUA